AUGCCUCGUCUUACGCCCGCCGAGAAGCUCAGUCUGGUGACGCGCAAGAACGUCCGCGAUGAGUGGGAGAACAAAAAGGAAGAAAUGGAGAAGAAGCUCUCCGACAAGCUCGGCGUCGCCUGGACCUUUGACAUCAACCCUCUGGCCAUCUUUCCGUAUGCCAAGGACGACUGGGGCAAGACCAGCCUGGGCUCCAUCCUCUACAGCUACGCCGACGGCGCCGUCUACAUGCUGAGCUCGUUUGCCGACCGCGAGGACAAGACGAGCGUCGACGAGCUCAACAGCAUCGCCCAUGCCCACGUCCUGACCAUGGACCUGGACGAGGCCGGCAAGAACACGUACAACGGCUGCGAGGUCCAAGCGGGCGGCCGCCUCGCCAUCCUGUUCAACGAGGCCAACUUUGGCGUCAACACAGACCAGGCCCUGGACAAGGCCAAGCUGCUGGCCGCGCUCAACCACGCGCCGCCCGCCCCGGGCACGGCCGGCGCCACGACGCUGUCGUUUGUUGCGCGCGCCAGCGUGCGCAGCGAGUACGACGGCCAGAUUGAGCCGAUCCGGGCCAAGAUGGCCAAGACGCUGGCGCGCGAAGACAUUCGACUGGAGCCCAACUUUGAGGCGGUGUUUGCCAAGCUGUCGUCGCCCGAGGCGGCGGGCAAGGUCGACCAGGACAACUACGAGCGCCAGCUGGGCUACUUUAUGCGCGAGUACUUUGACGGCGUGGCGUACCAGCUGGAGUCGCAAAAGUUUGGCUCGGACGACAUGCUGCAGGAGGGCUUCAACGAGGCGGUCGACAAGGGCAUCGUCGCCUUCCGCAUCGUGGACAAGCUGUCCUACGGCAGCUACUGCGAGGUUGUCGUCGAGGACGGCACGCUGUUUGUGCAGUCGACACUGGAAAAGUACGGCGUCAACAUCGGCCAUGCGGCCGAGAAGAUUAUCGAUCAGCUGUAA